GUUACCAAAGUGGCGGGACGUCCACAUAAAACGGUUACGAGUAAGUCGUCGCGUUCGCGUAUCGUCCUUUACUCGUGCGAACUGUGAAAGUGCAAAGAGUGUUAGUGUUAAAAUAAUUACGAGUGUUCUAAUAUUGAGAGUGGAUUAAAAAUUUAAAAUCACAAAUCUUUAUAAAAAUAACUUUUUUUAAGCAAUAGUCAAUCAGUUAAAUAACAAAGUGUUAACUUAUCGUGAAAAAUGUAAGCUUUGACUAAUAAUAUUAUAACGUAAUGAAAUGAAACCGCUCGACUUGUCAAAACUUUUACAAAGACCUUCUAAUAUGAAUUAAUUACAAAUUGAGUGUGCGACCAAAGAUAUUUAAGAACAUGUGCAAGUGUCAAUGAAAUGUGAUGGUGGUGGUAUACACAGUAUGAGCAGGUGGAUGGCGCUCUUCGGGCUUGUGUGGCUGCUGCGUGUACGCGGGUCCCUAUGCGGGUGCACUGCCUGCAAGCGUGCUCGCCAGGACACGCAGGACCAGUGCCGAGCACGCACAAGCACGGCGUGCCCGGACGAGCAAGCGAAAGCCGAGCGAGCGCCGAGUCCGCAAGAGCGCGCAGCGUUCGACGUGAUCGCCCUGCAGCAGUACACUCGUGACGUCACAGUCCAGACAGACUUCGACGACGACGAGGUCGAGGACUUGGAUAAGAUCGAGCUGCAAAUUACUGAAGAAUCGAACGUGAGUAAUUAUGACAGCGGUCGAGAACAAAAUAUGAUGCACAGUCCAGAGCAGAUGACAGGGAGUUUUCAGUACCUAAUGCACCAAAGCACUUCAAAUCCUGAUGACGUUUGGGAAACCACAGACGUAACCUUGGAGAGAGGAGUAAGUGGUCUUGGACUGAGUAUAGCGGGGAGCGAAAGCGGUGGUGACGUCAGCAUUACCAGGAUAGCGCCAAACGGAGCCGCUAAAAACGAUGGUCGUUUACAAACUGGAGAUAUUUUGCUUCAGGUCAACGACAUCUCCGUAGAAGGCGCCCCACAUUCUGUAGCCGUAGAUGCAUUACAAAAGGCUGGAAAUGUCGUAAGAUUAAGAGUCAGAAGAGCACGUAGACCAAUGGUAGUGACACUAUGUCGAGGCGUGCGUGGUCUAGGCCUGGGCAUAGCUGGCGGCGCUGACGACGCCGGUGGCCACGGAAUCUUCAUAUCACACAUUGCCGCAGGCGGUGCCGCCCACCACGACGGCAGACUCAAGCUCGGCGACAAAAUACUAGCUGUUAGCGAUGAAAAUGGUGUAGAAACAUCCCUAAUAGGAGCGACGCACGCCACAGCAGUCGCUGCGUUACGAAGCACCGGGGACCACGUGACACUUGUAGUUCUACCUGCCGCUGGGUCCAUCCCGCCAGUCGCACGGACCGCACCGCUGUAUACUACAAGAACCCAAGCGACAUCAUGCUCGACGCUGCACGAUCUCACCGAAGAGGAGUUGAGUAAAAUACCCAGAUGUGUGCGGAUGGUUCGACUAGUGCGUACAGGGUCGCGGCUAGGAAUGGACAUUGUGGGGGGGUUAGGCGGGGAGGCAGACGAAACCGGCGUCCCGGACGACGAUACUUGCGGUGUGUUUGUGUCCGGUGUCUCGACAGAAGGGGCGGCGUUUGGAUUACUACAUCGGGGCGAUCGAAUAUUGAGUGUUGACGGCAGGGAUCUUACAAGGGCAACACAUGAACAAGCUGCGGCCGCUUUGAAGCAGUACUCAGGCAACGCAGUGACGGUGGCAGCGCAGUACCAGCCGGAGCACUACGAGCGACUGCGCGUGCGCAUCCAUGCUAUCAAUGCCGCGGCAGCCAUGUCGCCGCACACAGGCGCGCGCGCACACAUACCCGUUCGUCCCGAUGUACAUAGCAUGUAUCCGAGGUAGCAGUGAUCCAGCUGCGAAAUAGAAUGUAAUAAAAUUUUAUAAGCGUAGUUAGUGGACAUACAAUGUGGAUUUUACAAAUUAAAUGAUAACCGUUUCUAUUUUACAGCAUUUGUUAAAAUAACAAUUACGUUCCAUGGAAAACUGUAAAAUUUUACUGAUAAGAUAAAAUUCUGUUUUUAUUGUAACUAUCUAUCAUUUGAAGUUAUUUAAAUAAGAGUUUAUUGUAAGGACUAUUUAUAACAACUGUUAUAAACUGUAAUUGUUAUCGAGACCCUCUGGACACAGGUUUCAUAUUUAUUAAAUGGUCUGCCCUAAUAAAAAAUAUUAAGUUUGAGAACUUUCUAUACGUAUUUCAUAUAAAAACACUAGCUGACUCCACACGGUUUCACCCGCGAGGUUCCCGUUCCCGUAGGAAUUCGGCGAUAAUAUCUAACCUAUAGAUAGCCUUCCUCGAUAAAUAGGCUAUAUAAGUUUCUGAGAUUAGCGCGUUUAAACAAACAAACAAACUAUUCAGCUUUAUAAUAUCAGUUUAAAUAAACACGAAAGUGGAAAACCAAAUUAUUAUUAAAAAUAUGUGGUUGUCAACUUCACCGAUAAAAGAAAUCGAUAGCUGCAUUAAUAAAAUUCUGGUAACUCGGUUUUGUCUUAAACGGGUUUUUUUGUUAUUAUUCAAUAGCUAGGUAGCUAUAUAUGCUUUGUUUGGUGAUCAGCAACAAGCUACAGUGUAUCGUUUGCUCAAAAUUGGCUGACACGCUGUCGCGUGUCUCGAUUACGUAUCUUAGCUUCUAUAAUAGUUUUGCCUUGCAUAUUCAGUACCUUGUAACAUCUAUCAAUAUGUGUCAUCUGUUCUAUCCGUUCGUUCGUUCAUCAUUCAUUCAUCCGAUUGUGAUGAAACUUUCAUGAGUUGUGAAAAGCACGCUCACGUUUUGGUUCGAAAACAAAAUAUUUCCAUGCAAGGCAACACAUGUCGCGUACAGCAAGUUUUACAUAAAUUUUACCGCUACUAUCGAAAAGCGUCAAUAUUGUAAAUUAUUCAGCGGUUGGUUCACAGAUCUAUAUUUAAAUAGAUACCGUGCAAUCAAGCGUCCCUGACAUAUUUGUGCAUUGCACCUUUAUGAAAUUUCUUUUUUUACUUAGCUGGAGCUUUAGCAGUUCUUAGCGGGUGGGAGACUUUGGCCGCGGCUUGUUACCACCCUACCGACAAAGACGUACCGCCAAGCGAUUUAAUGAUGUCGUGUAGAAACCGAAAGAAGUGUGGAUUUUCAUCCUCCUCCUAACAAGUUAGCCGGCUUCCAUCUUCGACUGCAUCAUCCUUACCAUUCAGGUGAGAUUGUAGUCAAGGGCAAAUAAACAAAAAAAAAAUUUUAAUAAAAAAAAUUCAACCGACUUCCAACUCAAAAAUUAACCUAAACUAAAAAGCAAAAAAUAACAUCUUACCUAUGUGCUACCUUCUGAUCAGUUUGAAGGCGGUGCCAAGCCAGUGAUGUUUUAAUUCAAGCCGUUUAAAUUACACAACUUCUGUGGUUCUUUCAGAAACGGCUUGAAUUAAAACAUGACACUGGAUUGGCACCGCCUUCAAACUGAUCAGAAGGUAGCACAUAGGUAAGAUGUUAUUUUUUGCUUUUUAGUUUAGGUUAAUUUUUGAGUUGGAAGUCGGUUGAAUUUUUUUUAUUAAAAUUUUUAUUUUUUAAUUUUUAGUGUUAGCACACCUACUGAGUGUGAACUGACUGUCCUCCGUCUUCAUCACCAGACCCCCUAUGCAGUCACAAUCCAUAUGGGUGGAAGUUAUCAUCAAUAUAAAAUUUAUCAAGUCCAAACACAAGAAAGCUACUGUGAACCGUCGAGGAGUUCCCUUAACUCUUCUUCAUCUUCAUCACCAGACCUCUAAUACAGUCAUAACCUAUCCAGGUGGAAAGUUCUCAUCAAUACAAAAUUAUCAAGUCAAAACACAAGGUAGCUACUGUGAACCGUCGAGGAGUUCCCUUAACUAUCCUUCGUCUUCAUCACCAGACCACUAAUACAGUCACAACCCAUCUAGGUGGAAAGUUCUUAUCAAUACAAAUUUAUCAAGUCCAAACACAAGGUAGCUACUGUGAACCGUCGAGGAGUUCUCUUCACUGUCCUUCGUCUUCAUCAUCAUAUAGUCCCUUAAUAUAGUCACAACCCAUCUAGGUGGAAAGUUCUCAUCAAUACAAAUAAAUUAAGCCCAAACAAAAGGUACCUGCUGUAAAUCGUUGACGAGUUCCAUCGUCUGUGUAUCGGCUCCAUCAUCAGACCAACUCCAGACCUUCAUAAAAUUGUAGUGGUUUAAAAUACCUUAUGGAAACACUAACAAACGCACUAGCCGUCUCUACGAUUUUCAAAAGUUCCCCUCGAUUUCUCCAGGAUGCCAUCAUCAGAUCCUGACAUGAAAAAAAUGGGACCACCCUGGAAUCAAACCCUUCAAAACCAAAAAAGAAUUUUCAAAAUCGGUCCACAAAUGACGGAAUUAUCGCUGGACAUACAUAAAAAAAAAAAAAAAAAAAAAAAAAAAAAACAUACAUACAGCCGAACGUAGAACCUCCUCCUUUUUGGAAGUCGGUUAAAAAAAUACUACAUCUGUUUGAAUUUUGAAUCGUAGCUAGGAAUGAUUUUAGAUUUUUACAAGGCUUUAUUUAAUUUUCCCUGUCAAUAUGAGUGAGUCAAGUUUUGGAAGGAAAAUAGAAACCAAUUACCUGACGUUUAUUGAACUAUUGGUUUGCUUGGGUAUAUUUGUUAACAAUGGUAUAGGUAUAAAAGGUUUCUUGUUUAUUUGUUACGUAUAGGGAUUCCUGAACUAAAAGACAUGAACCUGUCAAAUAUGGGCUAAAUCUUCUUGAACACUCGAGUACAAGAGCAUUUACUAGCAUAACACUUUUUUUUAAAAUAUAAUUAUUCGUCGAUUUAAAUUUUAUGUUCAUUACAUUUGGAAAUCACUAGAUAAACACUCGUGACGUCAUAGUGGAAACGGCUUAAUUGUAUACCAUUGUAUGAACAAGCGGCGUCUACUAAACAUGGUUCCGUGAUUUGUGUGGAUUUAUGCUUCAAAGGCAACAAUUGGGGAAUGGAUUGACACGUUCCUGUGGUCGCUAUAGCCCCGGAUCACCCCGUAUUAUAGUACGCGCGUUAACAACUGAGUCUUAGGGCCAUAAAUCAUUUCUCUAUAUCUAUCUCGCUUGCACUUAUGGGUCUUAUGGAGCCGUCUAGUGAAGGGUGUAACAAUGAAAGACAUAUUAUCGAUAAGUAAAGUUUAUUAUCGUAUCUUGUUCACAAAAUUAAAAAAAUUAACAAUAUUUGAUUUAAUAUAAUACAUAUUUCAUAUUAUAUAAUUAUUAACUAAAUAAAAUUAAUCUUCAUCUGAGUCUUCAUCAUCAGAAUCUUCGUCUUCUGCCAAAUUUAUUAUAAGCGGCGCGUGAUCUCUAAUUAGAGCUUUUUGUAAAUCUUUGUUUUGAAGUUCUUCGGCAUGCCUAACACAUUUGGCCCAGUCUUCUCGUGUGACAUUUUCUAUAGCUCGGUGGAGGUGAUUUUCGACAUCUGCUAUCUUGAAGGUAUUAUUAUUCUUCGCAACUUCUCCCUUUACUUGUGCCCAAAUUAAUUCUAUUGGGUUAUAUUGACAGUGAUAUGGAGGGAGCCUUAUUACUUCAUGACCUCGUUCAUUUGCCAGAUGGUCUAAAGCGUAGACCUUCUGCGGGUUACUGGCUUUUACUUUUCUUAUUAAUUCUUCAAUAAUUUCGUUGCUGGAAUAUGGAAUCUUUUUCUUUGUCAACCAUUCUUGAAUUUCAGCUUUCCUCGUGUUUCUUGUGGGUAUCUUUUCCAACUGUAUCGAAUGAUAGCUUGCGUUAUCGACAAUUAUAACUGAGGGCUCUUCAAGUAGAUUCAGGAAUUCGGAAAACCAUGCCAUAUAUGUUUCGCCAUCCAUUUCUGUGUGGUAAUCAGCAUCCUUUGAUUUCACCGCUUUAAAUAUUAGCUUCGCAUCUGGAACGAAGCCAGUCCUUGCAGAACCCGCAUGGCAAACUAUUAAUCUUUGGCCUUUUCCCACAGGCUGAUUCUUGAAACCUCCUUCAUCGUUGCUUCCAAGCCACAUCCUCUUUCUUGCAUGGUUUUGAUUAAUCCAUGUUUCGUCUAGAUAGAAACGUGGUCGCUGAUCGUUAGUUCUUCUAAGUAAAUCCAAUUUCCUUAAAAAGUCCAUUCUAGCACAAACAAUAUCAGUUCUUUCCAUUAAAUAUUUACGUCCUUCGCUAUUUUUCUUAUACUGGAACCCAACCUCCUUCAGUAGUAUUCUCAUUGAAGUGUUGCCGCAUUUAAAAUCGGGUAAUUGUUCACGGAAUUUUUCUAAAAUUUUCGCCACGGAUGGAUACUCUCCAUUCUCAUAAAAUGAAGCUACAGUUCGCUUCAACACACUUUUAUCAAAAUCGUCAAUAUUAGUGACGGUUUGUGGUUUCUUAAAAUUUGUUCUUGGUAUACAGGUACUGCCUGAUUGUGAUACUUCCGUCUUGAUUCGGUCCACUGUCGCUCUGCUCACACCACAAACAAAUGCGGCCAUUUCACGUGGUUUGUUGAAAUUUAGAGAAGCCACUUUAUUCGGAUCACUUUUCAAUUCAUUGAGAAACAGGAAUACGUUGUGAAUCAGUGUUCGAGCUUGAGGGCUAAUAUCGCCAUGUAAUUUCUUCAGAUCAACGUUAGAAAAUAAAGUAUCCAUAGUGCGCAACGAGUAACACAUGAAUGUAUUUAUUUAAUUGCAGUAAACACAUUUAUAGCAAAAAAAAUACGCAAUGCAAUUACAUUAGAAACCGACCAAUCAGAAUCGUCCAAAUCAUUAUUGACUCAUCAUUAGCACGUGCGCAGGUAGCCGUUUAUCGAUAAUUAGGGUGCGCAGGUAGGCGCGCUGCACAUUCCUAUCUUUUUUGACUUUUAUGACCGGACGACUCAGAUGAUAACGCGCAUACUAUAGGCAUAUAAAUGCACGAACUCUCAACACCAGACUCUCGAUAUUCUAUUCAUUAUUAUUAUUCACUCUUGGUCUGAGAGCUGGCGAACAUUUUUAAAUAGGUAUUUAAGGCAACCUGAAAACUUGCACUACUUCUCUUAUGCUAUCCUUAAAAAUAACUAAAGACCUGGUUGGGUUGUAGUGAGAUUUCUUUUUUGCAAAAAAUAUCCUUGAGGACUUUUUUUUGUUGCAAAAAUUUUUAUAUAUGUAUUAUAAAGUAAGCCAGAUUAUUCAGUUGGGUCGUUAAUAUGCAAGCAUCUGGCAAAAUAAGUAAAAACCGUACUGGCCAUAUGAUUUUCUUUUUACUCUUCAAAUAUUCAAUUUUAAAGUACCUAUAAAAAUACCACAUGAAUAAUUACAAAAAGAAAUAUCUUAGAGGAUAUACAAAAAACCCCUCAGCUAGGUCUCCAGUUGUGAGUUAUAGUCUGGCAAGUUCAUUGAUAACACACCCAUGAUAUGCGGGCGACAGGGGGAAAGACUUCGCGGGUGUUAAAUCGUGCAUGCGGGGAAGUGACGUGCAUCAAUUGUGGGGUUUUCAUUCAUCACUACACGCCCCCUGGCCCGCGCGGAACAUCGGGAGUGUUACGAACGAAGUUGCCAACCUAUAGAGAAGUCUAGAAGAAAUACAGGAUAAGUUUUCAACUUGGUCCAAAUACUUAACCAAAAAUAUUCACCAGCUCUCGGAAUAUCUAAUUACCAGCAAAACUUAUGAGCAGGUUUAUACUUCUGUGGUAUCUGUAAUUUGCACCGCUCGUAAUAGACUCGCUUCUCAUUUCGCUUUUCUGCAAGCGGAGCUAUUUUGCUUUGUAUGUCAGGCGUAGGCGUUGAGAGUUCAUUAAAAAUGUGGUGGAAUUAAUGAACACUCGAUUGUGAUAGAAAAACUCAAUUAAAUAUUAAUAUUAUCAUCAUUAAUUUAUGAAUUACUAGCAGAUGCCUACGACUUCGUCCGCCUGGAAAACACUGUUAAAAUAAAAGUAGCCUAAUCCUAAUAUUAUAAACGCGAAAGUUUGUAUGGAUGUUUGGAUGUUUGUUACUCUUUAACGCCGUUACUACUGAAGCGAUUUCUUCUGAAAUUUGGAAUGGAAAUAGAUUUUACUCUGUCUCUGAUAGGCUACUUUUUAUCCCGAAAAAUCCAUGGUUUCCCGAGAUUUGCGAAAACUGGUGAUUUAGAUGAUAUGAAUGUUUGUUACUCUUUCAAUUCCACACGUACGAAGUCGCGGGCGUCCGCUAGUAAGUUAUAAGUUACUCCAUAAGACAUAAGUAAUUUAGAUAACUAGCCAUACAAUAUCUGCCAGCGAAUGACCUGUCAAAAUUGGUAAAGCCGUUUUAGAUUUUUUGAAAUAAAUAGGUAGGUACCGUUAAAAACUGAUUACGAACAAGCACUUCUUGUUUCAUUCAUUUGAAUAUAAGUAAGAUUUUAAAUGAGUGAAUUGGUUACAAAUUGUGCUCUUUACCUUAUAGAUAUUAUGUGCUAUGUGUUUCUAUGUGUGUUUUGCUCUGUGUGCUUUGUGAUAUAAAUUUGGUUUUGCUAACCCCUCGCUCUCAGAAAUAGCAAGGUUUGCUCUCGUAGUCAGUCAUUUAGGCCGUAACUUGUGUAUAAAAAAAUUAAACCAAAGGAAAUGGUUAAAUGUAAAUAGAAACUCAUAAAUUUAUACGGUACCUAAUCACAUACGUCCGCAUUUAGUAUUUUGAUCAGACACGCCUAAAAGGACGCUCCCAAAAUGCUUUGAAAGGGCCACCGGGUUUCAAUAGAAAUUUUUGAGAUAUUUUAUGACAUAUGCAUAAUAAUAAGGCCAAUUUCAUGCAUAUCUCAUACCUUAACUGAGUUAUUUGAAGAAUGGUCAUGAAAAUAACUAUGGGAAUGUAUUAUUUACAGAAAAAUAGAGUCUCAUAACAUAUAUGGGAGCGACGAUAGAGACAGUCAUCACAUUAAUAUUAUUAAGGUGAAAUUGAACCUGAACUUUGGAAUGGAGACAUGCUACCACAUAGAAUAUUUUAUAUCCCGGGAAAUCUGUACUUCCCGCGGGAUUUGUGAAAACAUGAAUUUCAUGCGGACGGUCACUCAGUUAUAAAUCACAAAGCAGCAAAUUAUGAUUUGAAUAAUUUUAAUUAAUUGACACUUCAUGAUCGUGCUUAAUUCGUUUUUCAGUAUAUAUGGUAGAAGUUUAUUGCAUCAAUAUUAAAAAAAGUAUUUGUGUCUGCUCAUAUAAAUUGGUGCAUACUUCCCAAUUCCAAAAGUAGUUGUUAUAUGGAUGUUAACUUGGCUGGUGGGAGGCUUCGGCUGCGGCUAUUUACCACCCUAGCGGCAAAGACAUACCGCCAAUAAUUUAGCGUUUCGGUACGGUACGGUGUAGAAACCGAAAGGGGAUUUUCAUCCUCCUCCUAACAAGUUAGCCCGCUUCCAUCUUAGACUGCAUCAUCGCUUACCAUUCAGGUGAGAUUGUAGUCAAGGGCUAACUUGUAACAAUUAAAAAAAAAUGUUUUAAAAAUAAACCAUUAGUGAUGUGACCUCGCUUGAAUGACCUCUCUUAUCAUGCAUUGUUAUUUUAAUGACAACUAUGUAUUUUACUUUUCAUUUAUCUUAGUCUUAAGACAUUCUUUAGCUACAUUGGUGUGAAUAACCAAAUCUUUGUGUAAUAUUGUAUCAAAAAGGCACAUAAUUCAAAAUAAUAACAACGUAACCAACAUUAAAACCGUAUCAAAAUUAGAAACUGAAUUCUUUGGUUUUUCAGACCAGUGUCUUAGUAAUAAGUUAAAUGUAACUAACUCUAUUUAAUGUAUUGAUGUACUUACUGAUAAAGAUUUUGAACUGUGAUAUUAAAUUUAAUUGUAAUUAUUAUUAUGACACAGUGGAAGUUAAUAUACAUGGAUUAA